AUGGUACCGAAGAAACCUACAGUGAGUGGAAAACGAGCACAGCCGACUAAGCAAACACAAACUAAGAACACUGGAAAGGCUACCCUAAAAAAAUCAAAGAAGCGCAAUACACCCGCGCGUGUGACUCCACGAGCAGCGAAACGUCAGAAGACCGAGGCAAACAGCAAGAGAAAGCUGGACGACAAGGGCAGCAUGGGCAACACCAUGUCAACUAUGUGGUCGACGACGGCUGGCAAGGAAGUCGACCUCAUCACUCUAUCCGACAGUGAAGACGACGGAUAUCAGCACGUGCGACAACGAAUAAUUACUCGUAAAGAGGAAGUGACCGCGGAAUUGCAUGGAUCGAAAGUCGACAUUGACGAGGACGCCAAGCCCAGUAUCUCUGAUUCCAUGGUGACUCCAGAACCCAUUCACCUCGAAUCAAGGCCAGGACUUUCGAUUUUCGACCGACUUCCUAGAUGGGACUUCGGCGGCAUCUCUCCUCCCACAAGCCCGGCCAACCUCUACAGUGCACCUCCACGUCUACGGCACAAACCUCAAGACAACAUGGCGGAUUCGGAGGAGAAGCAUGCUAACGAGCAAGAACAGUCGCGUCCUGAAGUCGACGCCGUCAAGGCCGAGCUCGCCCGACAGAACCUACUCCACGAGAAGGCACAGAGCGAUCGUGAUUUGGCCCAACUCCACUCCAACAACGCAACUGAUCAACAGCUCCAAACCCUUCACCGCGAUCUCGAGACCGAACGAGAGAACCUGCUAAAGGCGAACCUGGACAGAGACAGGCUGGGCGUCAAACUCGACAACGUCACCGCAAGGAAAGACCAGCUAAUCGGAGAGCUUCAGAGCGAGAAACAACUGAGAAAAGAUGAGAAGGCGGAACAUGAGCGCAUACUCGAAGACGUCAUGAACACCAAGGGUUCCGCUAACAACUACCUCGUCCAAGAAAACCAACGCCUUCAAGCAGAGAACGAGAGCCUCCGAGCCUCCGCCGCGCGCAAGUUCACGUUUACGUCUUCGCAGGUACCCCAGGCGCCGGCAUACCCCUCGAUCUUCACCCCGGAGUCCUCUCAAGCCUCUCAAGCCGUCUAUCUCCCUUCUCCAGCCCCGUCCUCAGUCAAUACGCCCGGAGAACUCACCGACCAGCAGAAAGCGGAGAACCUCAGGAAGAAUUACCUCAACCUCAACGAGCGCAACAGCCGUCUCAAGUCUGCCGCUGAGAAACUCACCAACACUACCAAGGGCAUGGAUCUGACUAGCUUCGGGGAGUUCGGAAGGUACCUCAGGCAGAUGAAGACCGUCAUGGACAGCGAUGCCAAGAAGGGCAAAGAGAAGAAGGAAGAGGCCAAGAAGGAUGAAGAUGAUGCCAAAUAA